UAAAGUAACGGCGUCUAAGUACCGUCCAAUGUUGGAGCAGCACCUCCUGGCAAUAAAUAGAGAAGACCAGGCAAUACAUUUCCCACACACAGAGCUGUUCUCAUAUUUUGGAGAAUCCGAAAAACACGUUAAAGAAAGUCCCAUUCCCACUACCGAAGCAAAUUAAGAAGAUGAAGCAGCAGAGAGUGGAGUUUAUGGGCCUGGGCCUUUUGGUGGUGAUGAUGGCAUGUGGGUCGGCGAGUGGUGCGGAUGAUUUGGCAACCAAGUGUUCAGCGGUGAUUCAGAAGGUAAUACCGUGUUUGGAUUUCGCGAAGGGGAAGGAAGAAACGCCGAAAAAGCAAUGUUGCGACGCAGCAACGUCCAUAAAGGAGAGCAACCCAGAGUGCCUCUGCUACAUCAUUGAAGAGACCCACAAGGGUAGCCCACAGGUUAAAAGCUUGGGCAUUCAAGAGGCCAAGCUGCUUCAGCUCCCUUCUGUUUGUAACGUCAAAAACGCCAGCAUCACCAACUGUCCUAAGCUUUUGGGUCUAUCUCCAAGUUCCCCUGAUGCUGCUAUCUUCACAUCAAAUUCUUCGAAGACAACUCCUUCUGCACCUGCAACCUCAAACUCACAAACUACGACCCCCCAGAGCCAAAACGCAUCGUAUGGAAGCAUGGUUCAACCCAGUAGUACCGUUACCUAUGCGAUUGUGAUGGCUUUGGCCAUUGUUCUAAUUGCUCUUCCAACCGAAAUUGUGAGCAUUUACACAUGAUGAUGAUGAUGAUGAUGCGGCAUUGUUGAAUGAAUGCUUCUUCAUCUACUUACCUCCUGCAGUGAUGAAGACAGAGAGUAGUAGACAGUUGGGGUUGUUUCCUGCUUUUGUUAUGCAUAGGACUUCUUCGCAGCUUUGAAUUAAAUGAAUUGAAUUGGUUUGCAUUUGUGGCCUGUGAUGGUUUCUCGAAUUUUGGGACCUCGCUGUAAUGUUUGGCUUUAUUGUGGACUUGUUUCUUUUCUGCUUCCCACAAUUAAUAUUAACCGAUAGUUGGUGAAAGUUGAGAGACUUAAUAAUGCUAUGAAUUAUUUUAUUUAAUUUAAUAGUUUAAGACUUGAUUGA